GCUAUACAUACAUAAACCAUAGCUUUAUCAUUACUCUUAACACAGUUAUCAACGCAUCUUCUUCUUGUGUCUCUCUGCAUCCAACGCCUAAUAAUUCACCGGCGGCAAAAAUGGGCGAUGUUACAACCGGCGCCGGCGACGGUCAGAAACCAAUUAAACUUCCGGUUCCAGGCAAAAGAAACAUCCUUAUUACGAGUGCGUUACCUUACGUCAACAACGUACCUCAUCUCGGAAACAUUAUUGGAUGUGUGUUGAGUGCGGAUGUGUAUGCUAGGUAUUGUCGGUUGAGAGGAUACAAUGCGAUAUAUAUAUGUGGUACUGAUGAGUACGGAACUGCCACUGAGACAAAAGCGUUGGAGGAAAAUUGUUCUCCUAAAGAAAUUUGUGAUAAGUAUCAUGCGAUUCAUAGAGACGUGUAUAAAUGGUUCAAUAUAAGUUUUGAUCACUUUGGACGAACAUCAACACCUCAACAGACUGAAGUUUGCCAGGCAAUUUUCAACAAGUUAUUGGAAAAUAAUUGGCUUUCGGAGAAUACUAUGCAACAGCUUUACUGUGAUACAUGUAGUAAGUUUUUAGCUGACCGGCUAGUUGAGGGCUCCUGCCCUACACCAGGCUGUAACUACGAUUCUGCACGAGGAGAUCAAUGUGAAAAGUGUGGCAAGCUGUUAAAUCCAACAGAACUUAUUAAUCCUAGAUGCAAGGUUUGUUCAACCAGUCCUCGAAUUCGUGAUACAGACCACAUGUUUCUUGAACUUCCUUUGUUGGAAGGUAAACUGCGUGAAUAUAUUAGCACAAUGUCAGUGGCUGGCUCGUGGAGUGCAAAUGCCAUUCAUGCAACAAAUGCCUGGCUAAAAGAAGGAUUGAGGCAACGUUGUAUCACUAGAGAUUUGAAGUGGGGUGUUCCUGUUCCUCUUGAGAAAUAUAAAGAGAAGGUUUUCUAUGUAUGGUUUGAUGCACCAAUUGGGUACGUUUCGAUUACUAAGUGCUACACGCCUGAGUGGGAGGCUUGGUGGAAGAAUCCUGAAAAUGUGGAGCUAUAUCAGUUUAUGGGCAAGGAUAAUGUUCCAUUUCACACUGUAAUGUUUCCUUCUACACUUAUUGGGACUGCAGAGAGCUGGACUAUGAUGAAGACUAUUAGUGUUACAGAGUACUUAAAUUAUGAGGCAGGGAAGUUUUCAAAGAGUAAGGGUGUGGGUGUCUUCGGAAAUGACGCCAAGGAUACUGGCAUUCCUGUAGAAGUAUGGAGAUAUUAUCUCUUAACCAAUAGGCCAGAGGUAUCAGACACGUUAUUUACAUGGGCGGAUUUGCAGGCAAAGUUAAACAGCGAAUUGCUAAAUAAUUUAGGCAAUUUCAUCAACCGUGUCUUAAGCUUUAUUGCUAAAGACCCAGAGUCGGGAGCUGGCAAGGGUUCAGGAUACAGUUACCUAGUUCCUGAUGCUCCUGGUGCAGAGUCACAUGCCUUAACAAAAGCAUUGGGAGACAAGAUUGGUAACUAUGUUGACCAAUAUGUGGACGCCAUGGAGAAGGUCAAACUAAAGCAAGGAUUGAAAAUUGCAAUGAGUAUUUCUGGCGAGGGAAAUGCAUAUCUACAAGAAAGUCAAUUCUGGAAGCUUUACAAGGAGGACUUCCCUUCAUGUUCCAUUGUCAUGAGAACUUCUGUGGGAGUGGUUUAUCUUCUUGCAUGCCUUUUAGAACCUUUUAUGCCAUCGUUUUCGGUUGAGGUACUCAAGCAACUUAACUUGCCCUCUGAACUAUCCCUUUCUGAUGAUAAAGGGGAUGUUUUAAAGGCCAAAUGUCCUUGGGAGAUCAUUCCUGCUGGUCACAAAAUUGGGGCCCCUGUGCCUUUAUUCAAGGAAUUGAAAGAUGAAGAAGUGGAAUUUUUUAGGAAUAAGUUUGCUGGAAGUCAAGCUGACCGUGCAGACCGGGCUGUGAAGGAAGAAGCUGAGGCAAAGAAAAUUGCUGAAAAGUUGAAGAACACGAGUAUUUCUGAAAAGAGUGGAAAGAAAGAACGCCCAGCUAAAUCUGCAGCUGAAUCCAAAAAACCUAAGUCUACUACUGAACAGGAAAUAACUAUCAGUAGACUUGAUAUUCGUGUUGGGGUUAUUAAGGAGGUUCAAAAACAUCCUGAUGCUGAUUCGUUGUAUGUGGAAAAGAUUGAUGUUGGUGAAGAUCAGCCUAGAACUGUUGUUAGUGGGCUCGUCAAAUAUAUUCCUCUUGAGGAGAUGCAGAACCGAAAAGUUUGUGUUCUUUGCAAUCUAAAGCCAGCAACCAUGCGUGGUAUUAAAUCACAUGCAAUGGUUCUUUGUGCCAACAGUGGUGAUCACACCAAGGUAGAAUUGGUGGAGCCACCCGAGUCUGCUGCUAUUGGAGAGAGAGUUGUCUUUUCUGGGUUUGAUGGUGCGCCUGAUGAUGUUCUUAACCCUAAGAAGAAGGUUUGGGAGACACUUCAAGUGGAUUUACAUACAGACAAGGAUCUUAUCGCCUGCUUUAAAGAUCUACCGUUUACCACUUCUGCUGGUGUUUGUAAGGUGUCUACCAUAUCCGAUGGACCCAUUCACUGAACACGUAUAUGAGAUACGUUCUGUCACUGCUUCUUCAUCGAAUAUCGAUGUUUUUUUUCACUUUUUUUGACGUUUCACAUAUCAGAGGUAACAUUUGAACAGCUCUGGAAUCUGGUGUAGUUUGAUAGAAAAUACUGCUAUUUAUGAUAUUUCUUAUAUGAAAUGUGGGUGAUGUUGGAUUCA